GCCGGGGGGGGGGGGGGUUAAGGUGUUCUCCGUCUGUGAUUGGCCGAGGUGUGCGGGCUCCGUGUGCGGCUUUAGGCGCCUCCCCGUCCGCGCAGAGUCCAUUAUAAUGCACGCUGCUCGCCUUUUAAGCACAAACCGAAUUUGCUCUCAUUUAGGCCCAUCUAGAUCCCUAAAUAGGUUAAAGAAGCCAGAGAGGUGUGUGCGUGUUUUCACCACGCCUCUCCCCUUCUUCCUGGAAGUGCACCAUAUUUGUAUUUAUUGUGGCAAGUAGCAGCGGUGAGCGAUGCUCUCCCACGCCGACCUCCUGGAUGCUCGCCUCGGUGAGUUGUCCUCGCCCGGCUCGGCCCUUCAACUCUGCUGGAUGAAGGACGCCGCGGAGCUCCUGGGCCACAGGGAGGCUUUAAAGUGCCGGCUGGGCGCAGGCGGACCGGACCCGGGUCACUCCGGGGAGCUGGGCCCGGGCAACGAAAGCGCGGAGGGGGCCACGCUGCUCCCGGGUGAGGACAUCAGCUCCGGCGGUGGAGGAGGAGGCUCCAACCCGGGGCAGGGGACCGGCAGCAAGGAGCAGGAGAAGCAGCAGAACGGCGGCAGCAGCGGCAACAACCAUCAGUCCGGUGCGGGAGGCCAGCAGGCCCAGAAGCAGAAGCGGCACCGGACUCGCUUCACGCCGGCUCAGCUCAACGAACUGGAGCGGAGCUUCGCUAAGACCCAUUACCCGGACAUCUUCAUGCGGGAGGAGCUGGCGCUGAGGAUCGGACUGACGGAGUCCAGAGUGCAGGUGUGGUUUCAGAACCGCCGCGCCAAGUGGAAGAAGCGCAAGAAGACCAGCAACGUGUUCCGGGCCCCGGGGACCCUCCUGCCGACGCACCACCACGGCCUGCCGCAGUUCCCCUCCGCGGCGGCCAUGGGCGACAGCCUGUGCUCCUUCCACGCCAACGACGGCCGCUGGGCCACGGCCGGCAUGGCCGGGGUGUCCCAGCUGCAGCUGCAGGCCCGCCAGCCCUCCAUGGCGCAGUCCCUGUCCCACUGCAGCCUGGGCGGCGGCCCUCCUCCGCCCACCUCCAUGGGGCUCUCCAACAUGUCGUCCAACGCGGCCGGGCUGCAGUCGCACCUGUACCAGCCCACCUUCCCCGGCAUGGUGCCCGCCUCGCUGCCCGGCCCGACCAACGUCAGCGGCUCGCCGCAGCUCUGCACGUCCCCGGAGAGCGACGUGUGGCGGGGGAGCAGCAUCGCCUCGCUGCGCCGCAAAGCCCUGGAGCACACAGUCUCCAUGAGCUUCACCUAGCGGCGAUUGCUAUUUGUUCCCGCGGCGGAGUAAUCGCAGACGUGACGAAGCACGACGCUCGACUUUAUUUUGCCGACAUCUAUUUACCGGUCUAGUUCGUCUGCGCGCGCAGCUCUGCCGCCAUCGUGGCGGGGAUGUCGAGUCCCUCGAGAGCGGCUUCGGCCUGGAGAAAAUACAAGACUGUAAAAAUGCUGACUGCGCUCAAUCACGGGGGAAACUCUUGAAUAAUUACAACAACAACAAAAAGAAGACGAUUCUAAUCUGUACAAAAUGUUUUUGUGGUCACUUUUACGUGUUUAUUAUGAGCUAUUCUUUUUGUUUGUUUCAUGUUUAUGAUUCAAGUAAUAAAACAACAAAAAUGAUAUCAUAUUUUAAAUCCGUUCUCCAAAUUUCUUACGGAUUGGUCGGUUUUAUUAUUUUUAUUUAUUUAUUUAUCUUAGUUACUGUAUUUCCUUGAAUUGCCGGCGCUAAUUAUGUUAAAACCCCUUCUCACUCCUACGCUUACAUAAGACAUGCGGUAAAAGUAAGCAUGCGCUAAUUAUUUUAAAACCUCUUCUCACUCCUGCGCUUACCAAAGGCAUGCGGUAAAAGUAAGCAUGCGCUAAUUAUUUCAAAACCCCUUCUCACUCCUGCGCUUACCAAAGGCAUGCGGUAAAAGUAAGCAUGCGCUAGUUAUUUUAAAACCUCUUCUCACUCCGGCGCUUACCAAAGGCAUGAGGUAAAAGUAAGCAUGCGCUAAUUAUUUUAAAACCUCUUCUCGGCACUUACCAAAGGCAUGCAGUAAAAAUUUGAGUGUGAUGUAAGCUUGGACCUUAAAUCCUACUGAAUAGCUCUUCAUCUUCUUCCCUUUAAGCGAUUUCAAAUUACCGGUAUUGAAAUCAGCCUCCUCCAUUUUGAAAAUGCUGACAGGGGCAUGCGCUAAUUAUUUCGCGAAGCGAGUUUGACCCUGCAGUAAUUCAAGGCAGGCGCAUAUUUUAUGGCCUGUGGCAAUUCAAGGAAAUACGGUGUUUAUUUUUUUUUUUUAAUUAAUUGUAUUUAUUUAUUUUAACUGGAACGGUGCCAGCAACUUGAGGAUUCCAGGUUCGACCCCCCGCUUCCGCCAUCCCCGUCACUACCGUUGUGUCCUUGGGCAAGACUUUACCCACCUGUUCCCAGUGCCACCCACACUGGUUUAUAUGUAAAAAUUAGAUAUUGGGUUUCACUAUGUAAAGCACUUUGAGUCACUAGAGAAAAAGCGCUAUAUAAAUAUAAUUCACUUCACAUUACUAGCCUGUUGAAAUCAACCAUUGAUUAAUAAAUACUUUACCCACCUGCUUUAAAUGUAUCUUAGAUAUUGGGUUUCGCUAUGAGUCACUAGAGAAAACGUGCUAUAUAAUUCACUUCACUUUUGCAAUAAUGUUUAUCCAUCUUUAGAUAUUUAAUUACUUUAGUUUUGUGCACAUUAAGAAAAAUUAAAUUGUGUAUAUUGUUUAAAAAAAA